UUGAAUUACUUGGUUAAACGGAGAGUUUCUUGGAAGGAGAUUCAGGACAGUUUUUCUGAGGGCUACGGGGCUCGCUUGAAGGAGAAACGUUGCCGUUUGCGCGGCGAUAGUGAUGGCCGCAGAAGGGGAAAGGGUUGAGGCAGGUCUCGGAGAGUAGGUCGUUGAGGUCUGGCUCUUCUUGAGAAAGGAAGGUUGGCUUUGGUGUCUGGCGUUGUUCUGAAAGGGUCGCAGUGUCGAUAUUUCAGUCAGGAAAGAAAUCGAAAACACUAAAAUAUAGAGAGGAGUAAAGGCAUAACUGUUAUUUUGUUUUAACUCUUCCAUCUCAUUUAUAUACAGUUUUGGUGAAUAAGCUUGUGAUUAUGUAUGUGGUGUUGUUGUUUUUUUAAAGUAACACCAAAUGGAUAGUUUUUGAUUUGAUUGUGAUUUGUAGAAAAGAUCAUUCAGGGCUUGGUCGUUAACUGAGCGUUGUAGUAAUCUACUGCGCCGCGGAAGAGCCUUAACGCGUUUCUUCAUUUGUAAUCAUGUUACUCAGAAUACACACACUUGGCAGGAAAGCAUGUAGUAGUUUGUUCCAUUGUCACAGGUCAAGGGUCACUUGCUUUGGAACAGGGAUAAAUUUGAGUCAGUGGCUCAUCUGUAGAAAUUUUCAUAUCUCCUGUCAACGAUGUGUAACUAUGCCAUCCUGGGUGAUCGAUCGUUAUGGGAAAAACGAUGUGCUUCGAUUCACAAACAAUAUGAUGUUCCCUAUAAUCCACUUACCCAAUGAAGUUAUUAUUAAAGUCCAUGCUGCAAGCUUAAAUCCCAUAGAUAUUAAUAUGAGAAGCGGCUAUGGAGCUUCUGCUUUAAGGAUGAAGCGAGAUCCACUACACGUUAAAAGCACAGGAAAUGAAUUUCCUUUAACACUUGGCCGGGAUGUUUCUGGCAUAAUUAUGGAGUGUGGACUAAGUGUGUCAUAUUUCAAACCAGGAGAUGAGGUAUGGGCAGCCAUUCCUCCCUGGAAGCAAGGCACUUUGUCAGAGUUUGUGGUAGCAAGUGCGAAUGAGAUAUCUCCAAAACCACAGUCUCUCAGUCACACUGAGGCUGCUUCUUUGCCUUAUGUUGGUCUAACAGCAUGGUCUGCGUUGAGACAGGUCGGGGGCCUAAAGGAGGAUAAUUGCAGCAACAAAAGGAUAUUGAUCUUUGGUGCAUCAGGUGGUGUGGGAACCUUCGCUAUACAGCUGAUGAAAGCCUGGGGCGCUCACGUGACUGCAGUUUGUUCUCAGGAUGCUAGUGAACUAGUACAACAUCUUGGAGCAGAUAAUGUCAUUGAUUAUAAAUCUGGAAAUGUAGAAGAACAGCUGAAAGCGUUGCCACUAUUUGAUUUCAUCCUAGAUAACAUUGGUGGAUCUAUUGAAAAAUGGGCCCCUGAGCUCCUCAAAAAAUGGUCAGGAGCCACGUAUGUCUCUUUAGUAACACCUUUCUUAGUGAACGUGGAUAGACUUGGCGUAGCUGAUGGUAUGUUACAGACUGGAGUGACUAUUGGUACAAAGACUAUAAAGCAUCUUUGUAAAGGGAUCCAUUACCGGUGGGCCUUUUUUACACCAAGUGGUCCAUAUCUGGAUGAAAUAGCUUCUCUUGUUGAUGCAGGGAAGAUCCAUCCAGUUAUUGAUCAAGUCUUCUCAUUUUCUGAUGUUCCCAAGGCUUUCCAGAAAGUGGAAGAAGGACAUGCACGUGGAAAAACAGUUAUCAACCUAACUAAUAAAAAAUAGUGUAUUAACUCAG